CAUAGGGCUUUAUUUGGAGGAUGAAGAUGUGCGCACAAUUCCUCUGGGACUCGUUGUAGGAGAGUGGCAUCAGUAAUUGAUCCGGAUUAUUGACUUCUAACUACUUAACAGCAACUUGUUUAUAUACUUGCCCGUUUAUUUUCUUGGAAGCUGCUGAAAUCAUAUUCUGCUCCAAGUUUCUCGCACCUUUAGACAGCCUAUGAAAAGAAAUAACGGGACUUACGCGCAGCUGAUGCCUCCAUGGACGCCCCCCCUACCCUCAUAUGCCAGUGUGUCUGACUUUACAACCUUAUUUGUUGCCACACUCCAGCUGCAGACCAACAGAGGAGGGAGACUCCGAUGGAAAAUCAUGCAGCGCGUUGAACCCAUGGAGACAUGGCACAUAGGUUCCUCUCAACAACGAACAGAUUUAGAGCCAGAUUCGCCUUCAUAUUCACUGUGUCACUGUCCUGCUCCUAUGUAUGUUAUAGUAUUCUUUUCUGUCGCGGCACAAUCAUGACAAAUCAGGGUUACGAGGGGAAACGAUGCCCGCCGAGCAAGAACGCAGGAGGGAAGAAACUUCUGGGGAAAUUGGACAAUUGCGCUUCGCUGGAAGUCAGGUCCGCUCUGGAUGCGUCGGCUGCCCAGCGAGGAUCGAACAAAUCUCCUGACUCAUCAGGAAGUCACUGGGCUGACAUGAAGUUAAGAAACACGAGUGUGGCGCAGAAAUAUGGGAAUAAGAAGCUGCCUAAUGCGUUAAUAGUCGGUGUGAAGAAAGGAGGCACCCGAGCGGUGCUGGAGUUCAUCCGGAUACAUCCAGAUGUGCGCGCGCUCGGAACAGAGCCGCACUUUUUCGACAGGAACUACGACAGAGGGCUCGACUGGUACAGGGGGCUGAUGCCACGAACACUCGACAGCCAGAUCACUUUAGAGAAGACUCCCAGCUACUUUGUCACCAGGGAGGCGCCCAGACGCAUCGCCACCAUGUCCCAUGAGACCAAGCUGAUUGUUGUGGUGCGUAACCCAGUCACGAGAGCGAUCUCCGACUACACACAGACUCUCUCCAAAAAGCCUGACAUUCCCACGUUUGAAGAACUGGCCUUUAAGAACAGAAGUCUCGGUCUUGUUGACUCGUCCUGGAACGCCAUUCGAAUAGGAAUGUAUAUCCUGCACCUAGAGAACUGGCUGCAGUACUUCCGCCCAUCGCAGAUGCACUUUGUGAGCGGGGAGCGGCUGAUCACCGAUCCAGCCGGGGAAAUGGAGAAAGUUCAGGACUUUCUAGGACUGAAACGAAUAAUCACAGACAAGCACUUCUACUUUAAUCGAACCAAAGGAUUCCCCUGUCUGAAGAAGCCAGAGAGCAGCAGCCAGCCGCGCUGCCUCGGCAAAUCCAAGGGCAGAACUCAUGUACAGAUCGACCAGGAGGUCAUAGAGCAGCUGCAGGAGUUUUACAGGCCAUUUAAUAUUAAGUUCUAUGAAACUGUUGGACAUGACUUCAAGUGGGAUUAAGAGUGCAUUAUAGGAAUCGCCUUUGGAGAUUUGAAAUGCAAAUUACGUUAUCAUCAGCAAAAUAUUUAAUUCAAAAAUCUAUUGACAUAUGUAUACAUUGACUAAUCAGUAUAAAAUAAUAUACCUUUUAGACAUUUAAAUAAAUAUAUAUAUAUAUAAAUGGUAUCAAACCAUACAGGGUCACUCUGAUAACAAGUGCCAUAUAUCUAAGAAAUUAUAUUCAAAGCCCAAUUUUCUUUACCACAUACCACAUACAUCAAAUUGAAUUAAUCAUCAGACAACCAUAAUCAAUUUGUUAAACAAGUCAUUAAUCGGCAACAGUCCCCAUGCUGUCCUGUCAUUUGGCUAUUUCAGCCAAAUUAAAGACAUUGCUUGAAUUUUUUUUUCACCCUGGAUUUUCUUAUUUAUUCAUUGUUUGUGCUCAAAAAUCAACCACUUGCUUUGCUGUUUAAAUGAGCUGUGGGAAGUUGCAGCAAAAUGUCAAAGUAAUAACAAAAUCAGCCUUUCAAUUAUUCUGCAGUGAAACGUAUUAAAAGUUCAUAGGUAACAGGGAAGAACUGCCUUCAUAAAAGUACUGUAACUGAGAAGAAAAAAGCUAUAUUAAGACAGAUGCUUUAAUAAGGGUUUAUUGUUGGUUGAACUGUAUUUUUGUUGUGAUCAUCAAAAUAAAAAAGGCAAAAGUGUUUCAUUCUACAAUU